AAUAUAUAAUUUUCCCAUUUUUCUUGAAUCGACGUCCACAAAUUCAACUUUCCUAUCAUAAUCCCUUUCUUCCAUCUUCUUAAUCCCAAUUUCUGGGGUUUUUUUUUUCUUUAUCCUUGGUUGCGGAUUAAGCUUUAAUCACCAUGAAGAUUAAAGCUUGCCAAAGAUGUUUCUGGUAAAUAUAUUCCUAGUUCAUCUGUGCACACUCAAUGGGAAUUUGCUGCUCUAUGUGUUCCGGACACAAUAUCGAUGAGGUUCAUCAAGAGGGUCAUCAUCUUGCCGGCAGAAAUGUGCACCUCAUAAAGACCAUGGAAAGUUGGGAGGAAAAGUUAUCAGAAGCAAUCAAGGAUGGAAAAAUUGUUGUUGCAAAUUUCAGUGCAUCAUGGUGUAGGCCCUGUAUUAUGAUUGCACCAGCCUACUGUGAGCUUGCAGAUAAAUAUCCUUCUAUCAUAUUUCUAACCUUGGAUGUUGACGUUCUCGCUGAGUUGAGUACUUCAUGGGAUAUAAAGGCCACUCCGACAUUCGUUUUUCUUAAAGAUGGAAGACAAGUGGACAAACUCGUCGGAGGAAACAAGCCAGAGCUCCAGAAGAAGACAGCAGCCGUCGUGGCUCAAUUAGCAACCCAGUCUCCAAGAUUACUCUUGUGAUGAAUUUUUUCGUUUUUCAUUUCUUCUGGAUAUUCUCCUGAAAAUCAAUCCGGCCUCAGCGUGUAGAAUGAUGUCCAUAUUAACUAGUUAUAUGAUCAAAUCAGAGAUUUUUUUA